AUGUACGUGCAGGGGGCUGCUCUGCUCUGCUCCUCCGCGCUGCUCUGCUCGUCGCUGGUCACAGAAAUCGCAGUUCAGACGAUGGACCCCGAAAUGACGCUGGCCAGUGGCCACACGUCUGGGGGGGCAGGGGGCGCGCGAGAAAGUGCCAAGCAGAGGACAGACAGACAGGCAGGAAGGCACUGGCUGGCAGGCAGGCUCAGAAAUGCUGGGGCCGGGGGCUUGCCAAUGUCGGUGGCGUUUGCAAGCGUCCCCCUAGCCAAGCCUCCUGCCCGCCCCCCUGCCAUCCUCCCUGCUCGAAUCGCCGUCCGGCGAAUAAUAAUAGAUUUAAGCCCUGGCCGAACACUCCAAAUCCCAGAUAGGCCCCAGUACGAGCAUCAAGAUCUCUCCCGCAUCGCUCUGGCAGCAAGCAGUCCACAGGGUCCCCUCCCCCAGUCCCCCAGUCCCUCAGACCCCCCGGCUGGCUCCGUGCCUAGUCCUCUUCGGGGCCGUUCACGUCUGUCUGCUCCUUUGCCUGCUCCUCUGUCUGUUCCUCUGCCCAAUAGUGCCCAGAGCCAAGACGAGCGGAAGCUCUGUCCCAGCCGGCGUAUCAGCGGCCAGCAGAAGUAG